AUGAUUCCUGUCCCUGUUCCUGUUCCUGUUCCAACUCCUGUUCAUGUGCUUAAAAGAGGAAAAAAAGCAACCCCAACCCCUGCACCCCACAGCGGAUAUGCUUCCCCCACCCCUGCAACUCAUGGCGGAUAUGCUUCCCCAACCCCUGCAAAUCACGGCGGAUAUGCUUCCCCAACUCCAUCACCUCAAGUAAGGGCACCUGCUGUAGUCGUCUCUGCUCUACCACGCAGGAGAUUCAAACGACAGCGACAAGUUUUAGGAAGCUCUAUCUCAGCUUCUGACCAGAACGCUGACCUAAUUCGACAGCUUGUUGUGCAGCUGCUUCGACAGAGAACUGGACAAACCGGUUUAAACCAGCAAACACCUCAGCCUCAGUUUAAUCAGCUGUCACAGCAAACCAGUUUUAACCAGUUUGACCUUCAGACCCCUCAAGGACCUCCAGAGGAAGGCCGGCUGGGUAAAGCACUGGAACAGCUAUCUGAACUGCAGGAGGAACCGGUUUCUCCUGCCCAGCAGGCACAGAUUCUAGUUGACCAACUUCGCCAGCUAGUUGGUAGCCAGACCCAAGCCCCUAUCCUUCCGCCAAUCCCAGAUUCUCCGCCUCCUCCGCCUCCUCAUUCUAUCCACCAGGCGGAGCUGCCUGCCCCCCCUGGCUGCAGAUCUGUUAUAACGCAGCAUUGUGUAAAGGUUCCUGAGAAGAUAACUCUAAAAGUUCCCGAGGAAACUUGUAAGGAACCCUUAUGUGACACUGUUCCAAUAGAGGAGUGUAUGGAUUUUUUAAAGGAAAUCCCUUUCCUCGUAGCAGAGGAGGAAUGCAAGGAUGUUGUGAGAUUAGAAUGUGCCGAGGUUGAAGAAUCUGUUCCAAUUCAAGUUUGUACAAGUAUUGAUAUAAACAGAGAUGUGAUCAUUAGCUCCUACGGAGAAACCUACUCUGUAAACGGAAACAGACCUUUGAAAAGUACAUCUGAGGUUGUUGCAAAAAUACCAAUUGUUUCAGGGGUGGAUGGUUCUGAAAGACUGAGUUCAAAACUACGAUCUGGUCGGGCACAAAAGCUAGAUGAUUCAAAUAACAGUGAGAGCGAAGACGACAGCCUUGACGAUUCUUCUGAGCGUGAACGCGGCAGUGGGAGCAGGCAGCGAAAAAAUUUGUCGGAGAGAAGAUUAAAAAACUUUCUUUCUAAACUUCUUGACGAAGACAGUCAAAACUAGAAUAAACCCGACUACAAUUCAAGAUUUUGCAAUUUAACUGAAAUCCACAAAUUGCUGCCAAAAUACCAUAUUAAAUAUAUCAUAAACAAGAAAAUGAUAUAUAAAAUGUUGCAUUGAACAGUUAUAUGAAAGAAUGCAUCAAGAUAUUAAACUAUACUUUUGUGAAUGGCUGAUGCUUUGGUGACAGGUGUGUGUCAUGUUACUUAUAUCCUUUUAAUCAAAUUGAAUGAUAAAACCAUAUAGUUAUAUACUGGCCCAAAAAAAACGGAUUCAAAUCUGUUUUAAAAGCAGGAGUGUUGUAGCAUGCAUGCAGAUUUGAAUUUAUUUUUUUUGCCGAAUAUUCGAAAAUCUCUCUGUUAACUUUGAACAAUUAAUAAUCCUUAAAAUUUUCAUAGAAAUGGAUAUUGCAGAAUGUUUUUAUUUAAGUAAUAAAUACAUGAUUUGAUUCCAGUAGUCCAUAUUUUUAAUUGUUUCUCUAAAUGACACCCAUUUACUGCCAUGCUAAAUUCUUUAUUUAUUUCUCAAGUUUCUCCCCAUAGAAAAAAAUCUUUGUGUUUAAGAUCUUUGGUUGUCUCCUUAACAACCUGGGCAUGCAGGAUCGAUAUUUUCGAAUAUUCGACAUAGUUUUACACCGAUUGGAAGCAUCAAACGAAAAAAAAUACUUAAAGGGCCCCUCUAAAAUUAAAAAAAAAAUUCCAAAGCUCACAUUUUUGUGUCUUUUAAAACGAUUUAAAAUGCUAAAAAAACUAAUCCCGUUUUUUGGGGCCACCCUGAAUUUUUUAUUAUUGUAUACUUUUUGUACAAUGAAGUGAAAUGUUUUUGUUAUCAAAGUAUUUAUUUUAAUCACUAAAUAUUUAUUUUUUAGGAUAAAUAAA